AUGGUAUUGUCAGAGCAUCCCGGAGAAUACGAGUAUGGGAGGACAAAUGGACUCGGGGGCGAGACUACACAGCCUGAACUCAAGUUGUGUGCUCCACAGAGCGAGAGGAGGGAGAUCGGCGGCACACAAGCCGACCGCCAGGUUCAGCAGGAGAUGAUCAUACUUCAGGUCAAGAUGAUAGAUGGGGCUUGGAAGAAUUCAAGGCAAGGGCGAAUCGACAAGAUCAAGCAGAUAGUGCAUGGAAAUCCUUUGCUGCAGCCAAGAUCCAUCAGACAGGGCUCAAUGGUACACUACUGGCGCAACGCCCAAAGGACUCUACAGCCUCUUCCAGGCGGGCUGCUCUGCGCUGGUCGCUACGUGAUCGACGAGACCCACAGUCAAACGCGCGGUCAGAAAGAUCUCGGGCUCAAACGUCUACUCACCAAGAACGACUCACGCUCCUUUUCCAGAACCUCCGCCGUUCACGUGGCGCUUGUCAAGCUCGAAGCCGCCAGUCUUAUCCUGUCCGCAACGUACGCCGCUCUGCCCUGCCCGAUGCGACGAGAUACUGGGCUAUGCCUCUUCGCGAAUCCAUCGAUACUACGAGCGAUAGCGACGGCUGAACCAUAA